AUGGCUCCGGGCCUCUACACCGACAUCGGCAAGAAGACCAGAGAUCUGCUCUACAGGGACUACUGCACGCACCAGAAGUUCACCCUCACCACAUGCACCCCCGAGGGCGUCGCAAUCACAGCUGCAGGAACUAGGAAAAACGAGUCUAUCUUUGGCGAGCUUCAGACCCAGCUUAAGAACAAGAACUUGACAGUUGAUAUCAAAGCAAACUCAGAGUCAGAUCUUCUGACAACAUUCACAGUUGACGAGUUUGCAACUCCAGGGCUGAAAUCAAUCCUCAGUUUGGUUGUUCCAGACCAGAGGUCAGGGAAGCUUGAACUCCAGUAUCUCCAUGAAUUCGCCGGUAUCAAUGCAAGUGUUGGGCUGAACCCGAACCCUAUGGUUAACCUUUCUGGUGUAUUCGGAAGCAAAGAACUGUCAGUUGGUGUUGAUGUUUCAUUUGACACGGCAACUAGCAAUUUCACCAAGUACAACGCUGCUUUAAGCCUCACGUAUCCGGAUCUUAUUGCCUCACUCCACCUGAACAAUCACGGUGACACCUUGACUGCGUCUUACUACCACUUAGUAAAGUCACAUUCUAGCACCGCUGUUGGAGCAGAGCUGUCCCACAACUUCCCAAGGAACGAGAGCACAUUGAUAUUUGGAUCACAGCACUCAUUGGACCCGCACACCAGUGUGAAGGCACGCUUCAACAACUAUGGCAUGGCUAGUGCCCUUGUCCAGCAUGAAUGGCGAGCCAAGUCACUCGUUACCAUCUCCGGCGAGGUUGACACCAAGGCAAUUGAGAAGAGCACAAAAGUUGGUCUGUCAUUGGUGCUAAAGCCUUGA